AUGGUCCGUCGCCUUCCCGAAUCAUUCCGCGAGAAACUUUACUUCCAAUAUCAAGGUCGAUACGCUAUCCCCCGCGCUGAAUUCAACAAGAUGAUGGAGGAAAGCACCGACACGAAACAGGAUAUCGUUCGCCGGCCACAAGGAGGUCCAUUUGAGCGUCGGAUUGCCAGCGAUGACCGGCUCAAAGAAGAGGUCUCGACAGCAAUCAUGAAGACUAUCCGAUGGCCGAGCACAAUCCAAACCAUCAAAGGACCAUUAACGGCCGGUUUCCGCAAAAGCUGGCUUUAUCUCAGAGAGAAGCGCGAAAAGCACAAGAAGUCCCAAAAAGCUCUCAAGUCACAAGCCACUGGGUCUACGUCCGGCGAGAAGGCUGAUACGAAGAAAGGUCAGUAG